CACGCUUUAAAUAGCCUGUAUACAAAACACUGCUGCAAGACCGCUGUCAACAUCCGUGUUUCUUGCACAGUAUUUGUGUUUACUGAAGAACAUGCCGACCAGUACACUACCGCCCAAGAAAAAGUCGUACAUCCCUGAGGAAGAAGAGAGUGGUGUUGGCGGCACAAUGCACCAUGUCACCACCACUGGCGUGGCCUUUCUGGACAGUUUGAGCGAGCUCCCCGCCAAACGGGCACGCCCAGAGCGUCUUCCAAAGGAAGAAAAAUUGGUGAAAUGGUUAAAGAAUAAUUUUGAGAAGAAGGAAGAAAAGAAAGUUGCAAAAUCUGCAGCCUAUGAAAAGUACCUUGAAGAAUGUUCAGAGAACCCGUCCUUUGAUAGCCUGGCCCUAGACAAAGGGGAUUUUUUAAAGGUGGUAAAAGAGAUAUUUGAUGGUACGUUUGGGUUAAAAGAAAGCUCCAAGUAUGUGGGUGAACUGAGAGAGGUGAAGACCAGACCAAAUCGUCCUAAGGUGAAGGCACCAAGUUUGGGGCUCAAAAUGAAAGAAAUUAUUGAAAAUGUCAUCACAGAGGCUGGGAAUCCUAGAAAAGGUGUAAGAUUUUUCUUACUGAAGACUCAGAUCGCCCACAAAUACCCAGCUCUGCGGAUUAUGGACUACCCUGAGAAGCUGAAGAAAAGUCUGGAGAGGGAAGUGAGGAUGGGACACAUUGAGGUGGCGGGAANAGAAAACAAAGAAAACAAGAAAGAAACAAAGAAGAAAGGAGAUGAAGAGAAAACAGAGGAGGGAGAUGUGGAGAAUGCUGAGGAAGGAGGGAAAGAAGGAGGAAGUGAAAAAGGAAAGGAGGAGGAGAGAAAGGAGGGAGAAGAGGGAGAUGAUGAAGCUGAGAAGAGUGCAGGAGAAGACAAGAAAAAGAAAAAGAAGAAGACUAAAAGAAAGCAAGCCAGUUACUCAGCAUAUGGCCAGCGUAUAGUCCACAGCCAUCCGCAGAAAAUAGAGGACACAUUCCCAUUGGCUCUUACCUUUAUGGCAGAUCCCAAGCACGCCACAAUGGGGAAGAUUAGCAACUACAUCAACCGUUACUACCCAAAUGUCAAUAUACAAUCUAAGCUGAAGAAAUGUCUGGAGUCAGGAGAAGAGAAGGGGCUCUGGGUCAAAUAUUCUGGCAGUUCAUACAGACUGGAGGCUGAUGAGUUUGACCCCAGUAAUGAGGACAAUCUUCCCACUCUGGUCUGCAAUGCUAUCGUGGCGUGUAACGAACCCAAACAGUGCAGCUCUAAGCUACUGAAGCAGUACAUCAUGGACUACCAUCCUGACUUCAAAGUGGACGCCAGGCCGCAGCUCUUCAAGAGGGCUGUGGAGAGAGCCUUGAAUAAAGGGACAUUGAGACAGCUGUCAGGUAUUGGACUGACAGGUUCCUUCCAGCUGAGUAAACCUUUCACCCCCACCCCCUCCAUGUUGGCUGGUACUGAUACUGGAGACACUGAUGAUGAGGAGGGAGGAGAAGAUUACUGGGAGGACAGCAAGGUGUAUGAUGCAUACGUUCCAAGGCCGUCCAAGAGAAGAGGUCAUGGUCGUAAAGCUGCCAUUCGUGACCUUGACCAGCUGCAGAUCAGACACGAGGUUAGCAGGAGGAAGAAGUCCACUGUGACUAAAAAGGGGCGAAAGACUACUACCAAACGCAGGUCGUAUAAAGAGGAGAGUUCUGGCAGUGAAUCAGAAAGUUCUUCUUCAGAGUCGAGCUCAUCAUCAUCAUCAUCAUCAUCAUCAGAGGAAGAAGAGGAGGAGGAAAAGAAAGUGGCAGCAAAAACCAAAAGGAGGCAACCUCAAAAACAGCAGGGCAAACCUGCUAAAAAGACACCCGCGAAAAAACAAGGGGCUCGAAGUUCACCAAGGAAAUCUCCCAAGUCUGUGUCAUAUGUGGAAGAGACAGAUUCUGAGGGUGAAGAAGAAAAACCAGUGAGAUCAUCUGGCAAGAAAAGUAAAAGAUCUGCUCCUGCCAAAAAAUCCCAAGCUGAGGAAAGCGACCAAUCAGAAGAUGAGGCUGUCUCACAAAAGAAGAGUUCAAAGUCAACUCCAGCAUCUACAAAGAGAGGCAGAAGAUCGGCGUCAACAAAGAAAUCCCAGGACGAAAGUGACAAGUCAGAGGAAGAAGAUGCAAAGAAGAGUCGAGGUAAAAAGUCGCCAGCAGCCUCACCUAAGAAGAGUAACAAGACUUCACCAAGGAAGAGGUCAUUUCAGGGCAAUAGCUCUGGUGUCCCACCCAAAAAGAGAGGGCGGCCAUCUUAAAGUUCACUAGGAACAUUUCUAGAACAAUUAAUAAAUGAACUAGAUCACAGUGAGAGAGAAAGAAACAUUUUAUAUUGUGGUAAGGGGCCACUGCCAAACCAAUGUUGGAAAAAGCGAGCAGUAUUUUCCGAAGUUUGUUUUGAAGACAGUGUUGGAAUGGCACAGUGCAGUUUGGAAUGGACAUAGACCAGUUGGUGCUGAUGGUUACUGUAGAAUCAUGGUCACUUGUAGCAUUAGAAGACAAACAUUUUGAUAAUUUGUGGUUGAGGUAGUGGACCAGGUCGGCACAAUACAGCAUUAGACUAGAGGAGUGACCCCCUGGGUGAGUGUCUGGCUGUCACCCCUGGGGUACUGACUGGAUCCCCUGGGGGACACAAUUGCUAUAAGGUUCACUGUGACAUAAAUAGAGAAGAUUUCACCUCUAAUGAUGAGAAUGUAUUGACAAUUUUUGAUGACGGCAGAUAUAUGCUGGUUCCUUUUUUGAUGAUGAAAGAAAAAUUCUGUUAUAGUUGUGGAUGUGUGGUUUCUUGACUAAAGCGCCAGCUACAGUCUGCAAAUGCAUACUAGUUACUUUAUGGAGUUUCAGAAUAUUAUUGUAGUAACACAGUGUGUGUUUGGUACUGGUUGACAUAUUAGAGUGGGAAGAGUUGAUGUUGACACUGAGUGAACACUGUGGAAGGAUAUACUUUAAAAAAAAAAGCAGGAGUGAAAAUGUUCGAUGUGUAGGUGACCUCACAGUGAACCGAGUUGGUCAUGUAGCUCUUGCAGUCCCGGCUGCCUUGAUUAUCAGACUGGAUGAAGGUGGCCUUCUGCUGUACUGGUGACUCAGAUCACAGUGACUGCAGCCAAGUCAUUAUUUCGACGUGGAAUGCAUGCUGAUCAUUUUGUUUUCUGGUUUGCAUGAAUGUUCAUGUGGUUUGUUGAAUCAUAGAAACAUCGUGUGUAUAGUGCAAGAAGGAGAAGUAAUAUGGGGUAUGUUGUUAGCAAAAAUUUUUUCGUGGA